UGGUUGAUCAUCCCAAUCGACAAGUGUCGGUUGGCCGCGUAACGUCAACUACUCUAUGGCGUCGGCCGAGUGGAACAUCGUCGUCGAUGACGACGGCAAGGCGGUGUACGUCCACGCGACGACGGGCGAGGUGUCGUGGGAGGCGCCGGCGAACACGAGCGAGUGGGAAGAAAUUGUCGACGUCUAUGGCUCGGGCCACACGUACUAUGUCAACAAGCGCACGAACGAGAGCCGGUGGGAGCUCCCAACCGAGCCGGAGUGGGUUUCGAUUCGCCCCGCAACCGCCGACACUGACGCGGCAACGUACGUCAAUCAGUACACGCUCGCCCUCUCGACGUCGCACCCGCAGUCGGCGAUGGACCCGCAAGUGCACGCAGUGUUGACGCCCGACGUGGUCGCGUCGCUCGCUCUGCCGCCGGAUCAAGAUGCCAAGCUCCAAGCUCUGCUAAAUCGUCCCAAGAGCAUCUACAAGAUCGGACCACCGCCCGCGAGCAUGCUGCACAUCAUGAGCGCGUCGCCGUCCUUCUUUGCGAAUCUCGACUCGGACAUGGCGUCAUCGACAUCGCCGAAAAGUCGAGGGCUCGCGAAGACUGGGUCCUUCAACUUUGAGGCGCUUGAGGCGACGGCGGUCUUUGAAGCGAAUGAACACAGUGACGACGAGAUGCAGCAGAACGACGACAUUCUCGAGCAAAGCCGGCUCUUGGAUGCUGCGCGGCCAACGGCCGAGACCAAACCACUCUCUUCACGGAGCAACACAAGCGCCCGCUCGGUGCGCAAAGAGCCCUCAACGACCGAGAGCGCGCAUCAGGCGGAUGACGUAGCGUUGCUUAGCCACCGAAGCAGCCAGAGCCGCUACGACGCCUUCUCGACGACGCCGCUUCCAAGCCAUCGAAGCAGCCAAGGCGCAGAGCCUGCGGCAAAGAGCGAACACGUCGCUGAUGCCUUUUUGGAAGCAACACGAGUCGCGGUGAACGACCCGCUGCCAGCGACACCGAACGCGGAAGUCGUCGGGUCGGCUCGUAUCGAUACUAUGGAGGAAGACCGCGCGUUAGAGAAUGACGAAGACGUGCUGCCUGAUGCAACGGACGCUUCGGCGGUGCCUUUGAACCCUCCAAAAUCAAGUCGGCUAGAUCCUGAGAGCGAAGAAGGCAUCGUGGCGCCACUUACAAUGACUGCGCUCCCUCAAGAGGAUUUACCCGUCGUACCGCCGAGUGAUGGCAGCCUGGCAACACAGUCCGUUCCCAGCGACACCGCUUCGCCAGUACCAGACGCCACCGCGUCGGUAGAGCCCGUGGCAGCUUUUGUUGCUGCUGAAGUCGCGCCGGAACCGUCGAUGUCUUCUCGCAGUAUGCCUUCUGCAAGUCCUUCUCCGAGACAGGCCAGUCCUCGAACAGAUACUACGCCGAUACCGAUAUCCGCGCGUGCUGUGGUGACAGCAUCUGGUCUCGCUCACGACUCACCUGCACCAGUGGCGCCGAUUCUAGAACCAGCUUCCUUGCCACCGACACCAGAACCAGCUCCCUCACCACCGACACAAGUGCCAGCACCCAUGGCACCGACGUCAGCAGAAACAGUCGAGACGACAUUAGCGCCAGCUUCGGUAGUGACGACACCGCGCACCGAGCCCCCGCGCCCCCUCGUGCGUCAAAGCGAGUCUCGCAUUGCGUCCCGGGCGCAACUGGCGUCGUGGCAGACGAUUUACAACCGGGCAUCCAACCAGUAUUACCACUGCAUCGAAGCCAUUGCGCAGCACAAGGAGCUCAAAAUGCACCUUCUCCAAGAAGAACAUGACGCCCGCGAGGCCAAGAAGCGCGCUGUCGCGCUGCAGCUGCAAUCGGCGCCAUACUCGACGUUCGACGUCAUGGGUCGCCAAAUUGUUGGCUACGAUGUCAAGAAGCACCUUCAAGACCUCUUCAACGAGCCUGGGCGUUACGAAGCCGAGGCCAACGCGGCCCGCCGAGUCAAGUACGAAACCCUACAAGCCGACCAUCCCAGUGCAAAGUGGGCCAAGCACUGGCGACAGCUGCAUCUACCACCGACCAUAUCCCCUGCUGAGAUUCAGCAGCGCGUCGUCUCGGACCGCAACGGCGCGGGCGACACCUUGCUGCAUUUGGCGGCGGCGCGCGGGUAUCUCCCAAAAGCAAAAAUGCUCAUCUCGCUGGGCGCCAACGUCAACUUGGUUGACAACAGCGUCUCUCGGUUGACGCCGUUGCAUGAAGCCGCGAGCGCUGGCAACGCCAACAUGGUCAAGCUGCUCUUGAGUGCGGGUGCCGACUGGACGAUACAGGACGCCAGUGGGGACUUGCCGCUGCAUCUCGCGUGUCGCGGUGGCUUCUCGACUGUUGUCAAGGUGCUCUUGCACGCUGAUGCUGACCUCUACUCGCUGCAGCUACGCAACUUCAAAGGCAAGACGCCCCUUCACAUCGUCACCAAUCCAUCUCUGCUGCACUUUUUACACGAGCUUGUGACGGCGUCGCAGCAACGACACUAAGCCUCUUCGUACGCCAACUCUCCAUGUGCCGCUUCAGCAUCUUGAAGCGAAGAGUGUUCAGUCAGACAUGGGGCAUUAAGUCGAAGCAUUACAUUAUACCAGUCGACCAUAAUAGAAUCGUCGUCAAAUAGCGGGGUCAGGGCUGCAAGGUCAACCAAAUAAUAGCUGUUGCGCUCUUGUUUCUUGGAUA